CGCCUCGCGUCGCUGCCGAUAACGUGUCGCGAGCGCAGACCGGCGCGGUGCUGAGUCGAGACGCGCGCGCGUGCGUGUGCGUGCCGUCGCGGACGACGAUUACCCCCUCGCGCCCGAUUGAUAUCAAUUGAUAUGCCCGGAGCGCGUCGCGCGCGGGACCGUCGACGUUACGCUCGCUCCUCUUAGCUCCCGUUUGAACACUCGAGUCCCCGCCGGCAGCGAAUAUGGCGGCGAUGGACGGCGACACGAAGCUCGACAUGUACGACGAUGUCGUGUACGCGGUCGAUCCCCAGCAUGUCGAGGGUGAGAUGACAGUGGGCACGAAGAGGACCCUGGGAGAGCCGGAAUUCAACACGCUCGACGAGCCAAUCAGAGAUACGAUCUUGAGGGACGUUCGAGCGGUAGGCAAGAAGUUUUUCCACGUUUUAUAUCCCAAAGAGAAGAAGAGUCUGCUGAAAGAAUGGGAUCUAUGGGGACCAUUGAUAUUGUGCACUUUUAUGGCAAUGAUAUUGCAAGGUUCCGCUGAUGUAGCAGACAGCUCGAAUGACGGAGGGCCUGAAUUUGCGGAGGUGUUUGUUAUCGUGUGGAUUGGAUCUAUGGUUGUUACAUUGAAUUCGAAGCUGUUGGGUGGAAAUAUAUCUUUCUUCCAAAGCGUUUGCGUCUUAGGGUAUUGUCUGUUACCGACUGCCAUCGCGUUAAUUUUAUGCAGAAUUAUACUGAUUGCGCAGCAGAGCACUCUCCUAUUUACUCUUAGAUUCGUGAUCAGCAUAAUUGGAUUUUUAUGGGCAACGUAUGCAUCUAUGGCAUUCCUUGGCGACAGUCAACCCGCGGGGAGGAAAGCAUUAGCAGUAUAUCCAAUUUUUCUGUUUUACUUCGUUAUAUCGUGGCUAGUUAUAUCCCACACCACCUAAAAAAUGCAGCACAACUAAUCUGUUACAAGACUGUGCAUUGCUCCAGCCUUCCGUGCAAAUUUCAGAGAAUGAAGAGAAAAAAAAUGAACGGAAGGAGAUGCAAUGUUUUUUUUUCAUAUGUAUUUUCCAAGUCCUGUGUCUGGACGUAUUCCAAUAUCAUGCUUUUGUGAAUAAUACGCAUACGGUAAGCAUAUGUAUAUUUAUGAACUUGUUAGAUUCUCAUUCAAUACGUCAAUUAUGAGAUCAUUGUAACUAUAUUUAAUCUCACUAAAUCUCACAUUACGAUUGAGAAUUUGUUGCCGAUAUAUGAAAGAAAGUAUAUUCUUUCUGAAUGGAAAAAUUUAUCAGAUUGGUAUAUAUUUAUACGGACAUGACGCAAGAAGAAAAAAAAAACUAUGCAGUACAGGCGAAAUAUAAUUGCUUGUCAUUGAUUCCAGACUGCUGCAUCUGGGUAUAUUCUGUACUUCCAUAAAGUUUUAACGGUCAUUAAUUUUUUUUAUCGAAAAAAAAUUUCGAUUGUGAUUGUAACAUUAAAUUUAGACGGUGCAAAAGUUUAAAGUAUAAUUUGUAUCUUUUUGUAUAUUAUGUACAUAGAAUUACGUUUAAACUAAAUGGUACAAUAAAAUAAUACAGUAUAGAA